GCACUCACACUCUUGACUUUACGCUAUAUAGUUAACGUUCAAAACACGAGUUCUGUUAAAAAGGUUACCUUUAAUUUAAAUGGCGACCAAGUGGAUAAAGUUGCUGUUGCUAAUGGCGGUGUUUCUGUACGCCGUGGCUUCUGACGAUGAAGUGGAAGAAAAAAGAGGACGCAAAACCUUAACCGACGUGAUAAAGGAAUUGGCCCAGCUCAAGCAAAGGUUGCACAGAAUAGAAUCUCGAAGAAUGAUAUUGCUCAAAGGUCGAGAUGGUCGMGAUGGAAAAGACGGUAGAGAUGGUCGUGAUGGAAAAGGUGGACCACCUGGACCAAAAGGACCUCAAGGACCACAAGGGCCAUCAGGACAAAAUGGCCCCAGAGGACCACCGGGACGCAGUAGGGGUGGGGUAGAAUACAUUCGAUGGGGCAAGACGUCAUGUCCUUAUGGUGCUGAUUUGGUGUACAAGGGUCGAAUCGGAGGAGAGCAUUACACACAUCUUGGAGGAGGUGCUAACUAUGUAUGCGUCCCUGAAGUCCCGGAUUACCUCAACUACAAACCAGGAAGGCAAAAUACUGCGUUUAUAUUUGGAGCAGAAUAUGAAGUAAGCCAGUUCAACCCACUCUCCAAAGGCCACCUCCACGACCAUGAUGCCCCUUGUGUCUCCUGCUAUGUGAAGACACGAAGCUCCAAGCUGAUGAUCCCAGCAACCUACAAGUGCCCCUCAGGGUGGACCAGAGAGUAUUAUGGGUACCUGAUGACUGAACAUCAUGGCCACAAGAAUAACAGGGCUUAUAUCUGUGUAGACAAAGAUGCUGAGGCUGUAUCAGGAAGCAAACCAAGUCACAAUGGAGCUCUUCUGUAUCCUGUGUCUGGUCACUGUGGUUCCCUUCCUUGUCGUCCAUACAGACAAGACCUAGAACUGACAUGUGUCGUUUGUACCAAGUAGUUAUCGAUCAGUUUCAGUAAAUUCAUUAUGAUAUAAGUUUGUAUAAUUGCUCUUAAAACCUGCACUCCUGGACAAGCUAGGGCUGCUUGUAUUUUAUUUUGUGAUAAAACUUUAUAACUGAGAAAGAAAAUAAACUGAAUUACCUUGAA